CAAGUGGGUGAGGGCACCGUGCCUGCCUAGCACGUCUGUGCACCUGGCUUGGAGUCUGCGUGUGCGGCCGGCAACGGGACAGACGUGUCCGCGCACCCUCGCGGUGACCGGCAGUUCCGUGUCGGGAAAGCUCGGGAACGGGCAGCCCGCCGGGCUCAGCCCGGGUCCACAGAUCCUGGGGAGCCGUGCGUCUCCCUGCUGAGGCUGUGUUCGAGCGCGGAGGAGCACGGUGCACUCCCCCGAGGCUCUCUUCCUCCUCCUCGUGAGAACUGAGUUCAAGGGGGUGACACCAAGUUGAAAACUGUCCAGGGUGUCGUGACAAGGUACUGCAGCGAUUAUGGCAUGAUUGAUGAUUUGAUCUACUUCUCUACUGAAGCUGUGACUAGCAAAGUGCUUCUCAAUGUCGGGCAGGAAGUUAUUGCUGUUGUGCAAGAAGAUAAAGUAUCAAACGGACUGAAAGCAAUUAGGGUGGAGGCUGUCUCUGAUAAGUGGGAAGAUGACAGCAAAAACCAUGGCAGCGGGCUGUCCAACUCCAGCCCCCGAGCGCUGAUUGGCUGUGUGACUUCGCUGAUGGAGGAUGCUGGCUACAUCAAUCAGACCACAUACUUCUCUCUGGAGAGUGUUUGCCAAGGUUUCGAGCCCUGCAAGGGAGACUGGGUGGAGGCGGAGUACUGGAUCCGGCCGGGCACGUGGAACAGCGAGGCCAUCUCAGUGAAGCCCCUGAGGUACAAGCGCGUGGACAGGGUCUGCAUUUCUAGCCUCUGCGGGAGAAACGGGGUGAUAGAUGACAGCAUCUUUUUCACCUUGGACUCUCUGAAACUUGCUGAAGGAUAUGUGCCUCGAAGACAUGACGUGGUCAGUGCCGUGGUGGUGGAGAGCAGCCAGUCAUGCUAUGUCUGGAGAGCCCUAUGCAUAACCCCAGUGAAAAGACGGGACCCCGCUGCCUUUGAAGAGCCUGCCGAUGAGUCCUGUGGAGCCCUUUUACUGAAAAACAAAGGUGAUAUUGAAGUCACGAGGAUGACAAAUUUUGGAACAUUAAAAGAAGGAGGAAGUAAAAAUAUGGUGGUCUGGAUAGAGAAUAAAGGAGAUAUUCCUCAAAACUUAGUCAGCUGUAAACUAGCUGGCUGGGAUAAAGCUAAACAAUUCAGAUUUCAAACACCAGAUAAAACCCAAAUGUGCCCAGUAGGGUCUCUUGUUCCUGUUUCUGAGGAGAGGAAUUUUUCGGAUGAGAAUACUAACUCACUAGAUAGCUACCAAAAACACACAACCCGUCAGGCAUCGGAGAGCGGUGUGGUGAACGACAAAGAAGUCUCUUCAGACGACUGUGCUUGUGAAGGAGAAGAUGGGGACGAAGAACAGAGGAAGCCGGGAAAGCAGGUGUCAGAGCUGGAGCCCGGAGGGUUCAUCCCUCCUGGUGGAAGAGCCCCAAUUGUGAUUGUAUGUGAUGCAAAGUAUGUGGCUGGAGGGCUGGAGAAUUCUGGCCGCUGCAAGGAGCUCCUUCUGCUCUGCUUCUCCAACUUUGUAAUCGGGCGCUUCCUUGAAGUGAAUAUCGUAAGUCAGGAGGAGUCGCUCAUAGCUGUCCGAGAACCAUUUUCUUGGAAAAAGUCUAAAAGUUCCACCACAUUAACAUCCACAAAAACUACAGUUGUUGUGACCACACAGAAAAGGAACUCAAGACGACAACUUCCAAGUUUUCUUCCACAGUAUCCAAUACCAGAUAGACUUAAGAAAUGUGUGGAACAAAAAAUUGACAUUCUGACUUUUCAGCCAUUACUCGCAGAGCUUUUGAACAUGUCGAACUACAAGGAAAAGUUUGCGACUUUGCUCUGGCUUGAGGAGAUUCAUGCAGAAAUAGAACUGAAAGAGUAUAACAUGAGUGGGGUCACCUUGAAAAGAAAUGGUGACCUGCUGGUUCUGGAGGUCCCAGGAUUGGCUGAAAGUAGGCCUUCUCUGUAUGCAGGUGAUAAGCUGAUUUUAAGAACUCAGGAGUACAGUGGACAUGUCAUCGAGUACAUCGGCUAUGUGAUUGAGAUUCAUGAAGAAGAUGUAACUCUUAAACUUAACCCAGAAUUUGAGCAAGCAUAUAACUUUGAACCUAUGGAUGUGGAAUUCACAUAUAACAGGACCACAAGCAGACGGUGUCACUUUGCACUUGAACACAUCAUCCACUUAGGUGUUAAAGUGUUGUUCCCAGAAGAAAUCAUUUUACAGUCUCCCCAAGUGACGGGAAAUUGGAACCAUGCUCAGGACACCAAAAACGAUGGACAGUCCGCCAUCAAGAGUAGGAAAGCCACGAAGGACCACACUAAGCACGCAGCCAAGGAGAGGCGGGCUGGUGCCCAGGACACACCGGGGCCGGCAGGCUUUGCUGAAAAGUCAACUAAUGUGGUAAAUGAAGUUCAGAUCCCCAAGGUGAGAGAGAAGGAAUUUUUCAAUCCCUUGCUCAACGAAAACCAGAAGUUAGCGGUUAGAAGAAUCCUGAGUGGCGACUGCCGCCCGCUCCCGUAUAUUCUCUUCGGACCUCCUGGAACCGGGAAGACAGUGACGAUUAUAGAGGCUGUCUUACAGGUGUACUACGCUUUGCCGGACAGUCGGAUAUUGGUCUGUGCACCCUCCAACAGUGCGGCCGACCUCGUGUGUCUGCGGCUGCAUGAGAGCCAGGUGCUUCGGCCCGGCGCCAUGGUCCGCGUAAACGCCACCUGCAGGUUCGAGGAGACAGUCACUGAUGCCAUCAAGCUGUACUGCAAAGACGGGGAGGACAUCUGGAAGGCCUCGCGCUUCAGGAUCAUCGUCACGACGUGCAGCAGUGCGGGGCUCUUUUACCAGAUAGGAGUGAGAGUCGGACAUUUUACACACGUGUUUGUGGACGAAGCAGGACAGGCGAGUGAGCCGGAAUGCCUUAUUCCACUGGGGCUGGUUUCAGAUGCCAACGGCCAGAUUGUCCUUGCCGGAGACCCCAUGCAGCUUGGACCCGUCAUUAAGUCCAGACUCGCCAUGGCCUAUGGGCUGAACGUCUCUAUGUUGGAAAGACUUAUGUCCCGGCCAGCAUAUCUGAGGGAUGAAGACGCUUUUGGUGCUUGUGGCGCCUACAACCCCUUGUUGGUUACGAAGCUCGUGAAGAACUACAGAUCCCACCCGGCUCUGCUGGCGCUGCCGUCCAGGCUGUUCUACCACAGAGAGCUGGAAGUCUGCGCAGACCCCGAGGUGGUGACCUCCCUGCUGGGCUGGGAGAAGUUACCAAAGAAAGGCUUCCCCCUCAUCUUCCACGGCGUGAGGGGCAGCGAAGCUCGCGAAGGGAGGAGCCCGUCGUGGUUCAAUGCAGCCGAAGCUGUCCAGGUCAUGCGUUACUGCUGCCUCCUGGCCAGGGGCAUCUCCAGCCAGGUGUCUAUGAGUGACAUCGGUGUGAUCACGCCCUAUCGGAAGCAGGUGGAAAAAAUCAAAAUUCUCUUGCGAAAUGUUGAUCUGAUGGACAUAAAGGUCGGAUCAGUAGAGGAGUUUCAAGGGCAAGAAUAUUUGGCCAUCAUCAUCUCCACUGUACGGUCAAAUGAAGAUAGAUUUGAAGACGAUAGAUAUUUUUUGGGUUUCUUAUCCAACUCAAAACGAUUUAAUGUUGCCAUCACCAGACCCAAAGCCUUGCUGAUUGUGCUAGGAAAUCCUCAUGUUCUGGUCAGAGAUCCCUGUUUUGGUGCUUUACUGGAAUACAGCAUUACCAACGGUGUCUACAUGGGGUGCGAUCUACCUCCCGAACUGCAGUCCCUGCAAAAAGCCAGGAUCAGAGGAACCCAGAGGACCAGGUCCCCAGCCCCCGUUGGUCAGGCAUGGCCAGGAGGCCUGGGACCACAUCCCAGGGAGCUGCUGUCCUCACCCUUGGGCUGGGGCCCCUGCCGCCUGCCUUGUAUCCUGGCCUUGGCCAUGAGUGUGGGGGCCGUGGGGUCAGAUGGAGCCUGCUCUCCCUUCUCCAUGCCAGCCCGUUCCUGCCGUUGGGCCAUUACUGCAGCCCAUCACCGAAAUAAAUGCUCACAUGGGACACCCAGCGUGGCUUUCCACCUCAAGAAGCACUGGAUACUGGGAGAGGAGCCCAUUUACUGCUACACGCCGCACAACUUCACUCGCGACCAGGCGCUGUACGCUCGCGGCUACUGCUGGACGGAGCUGCGGGACGCGCUGCCCGGCGUGGACGCCAGCCUGUGGCCGUCGCUGUUUGAGCACAAGCUGCUGCCCUACUCGCUGCUGGCCUUCGCCGCCAUCAUGUACGUGCCCGCGCUGGGCUGGGAGUUCCUGGCCUCCACCCGCCUCACCUCCGAGCUCAACUUCCUGCUGCAGGAGAUCGACAACUGCUACCACCGUGCGGCCGAGGGCCGCGCCCCCAAGAUCGAAAAGCAGAUCCAGUCCAAGGGGCCCGGCAUCACGGAGCGCGAGCGGCGUGAGAUAAUCGAGAACGCCGAGAAGGAGAAGAGCCCCGAGCAGAACCUGUUCGAGAAGUACCUGGAGCGCCGCGGCCGCAGCAACUUCCUGGCCAAGCUGUACCUGGCGCGGCACCUGCUCAUCCUGCUGCUCAGCGUGGCGCCCAUCUCCUACCUGUGCACCUACUACGCCACCCAGAAGCAGAACGAGUUCACGUGCGCGCUGGGCGCGUCCCCAGACGGGCCGGCUGGCGGGGGCCCGGCCGUGCGCGUCAGCUGCAAGCUCCCGUCCGUGCAGCUGCAGCGCAUCGUGGCAGGCGUGGACAUCGUGCUGCUGUGCGCCAUGAACCUCAUCAUCCUCGUCAACCUCAUCCACCUGUUCAUUUUCCGCAAGAGCAACUUCAUCUUCGACAAGCUGCACAAGGUGGGCAUCAAGACGCGCCGGCAGUGGCGCCGCUCCCAGUUCUGCGACAUCAACAUCCUGGCCAUGUUCUGCAACGAGAACCGCGACCACAUCAAGUCGCUCAACCGGCUGGACUUCAUCACCAACGAGAGCGACCUCAUGUACGACAACGUGGUGCGGCAGCUGCUGGCCGCGCUGGCCCAGUCCAACCACGACGCCACGCCCACCGUGCGCGACGCGGGCGUGCAGACCGUGGACCCCAGCGCCAACCCGGCCGAGCCCGACGGCGCCGCGGAGCCGCCCGUCGUCAAGCGGCCGCGCAAGAAGAUGAAGUGGAUCCCCACCAGCAACCCGCUGCCGCAGCCCUUCAAGGAGCCACUGGCCAUCAUGCGCGUGGAGAACAGCAAGGCCGAGAAGCCCAAGCCCGUGCGCCGCAAGACGGCCACGGACACGCUGAUCGCGCCGCUGCUGGACGCGGGCGCGCGCGCCGCGCACCACUACAAGGGCAGCGGGGGCGACGCGGGGCCCGCUCCCGACAAGAAGCAUGCGCGCCACUUUUCCCUGGACGUGCACCCCUACAUCCUGGGCACCAAGAAGGCCAAGCCCGAGGCCGUGCCCGCCGCCGCCCUGCCCGCCUCCCGGAGCCAGGAAGGGGGUUUCCUGUCCCAGGCGGAGGAGUGUGCGCUGGGCUUGGCCGCAGCACCCACCAAAGAUGCUCCGCUCCCUGACAAGGAGAUCCUGUACCCAGCAGAGCCAGCCCGGGCCACGCUUCCUUCCGGGGGCCCGUUUCACGUCCGCUCGCCCCCAGCAGCCUCCGCCACAGCCCCUCUGUCGCCAGCCACUCUGGGCAAAGCUGACCCGCUCGCGAUCCUGAGCCGCAAUGCCACACACCCGCUGCUGCACAUCAGCACGCUGUAUGAAGCCCGGGAAGAGGAGGACGGGGGUCCCCGGGCUCCCCCAGAGGUGGGCAGCCUCAUCGCCAUCCCGCCCCCCCAGCAGAUCCUCAUCGCCACCUUUGACGAGCCGAGGACAGUAGUGAGUACCGUGGAGUUCUGAGGAACAGGGCUGCCCGGGCCAUUACAGAGCCCUCCGCAUGACUGAGGAGUGCCGCGGACCCCAGCCCCACGGGGAUGUGGUCUCUGCUUCACCCAGCACUGCCCGCACCUCCUGGCCUCCUGUCCGCAUGCCCUGGGGCUGAGACCUGGCCCACCCGCCCCCCAAGACAGCAUCGUUGGGGUGCUGGCUGGGCCAGGGGCUGGCCUUGACCCCGGCGGAGCCCCCAGCCAGAAAGGCCUGGAGCCACCCCCACCCCCACCCCCCAUCCCUGCAUCAGGCACUCGGCUGUGAGGUGAAGAGUUUAUUUUUUUAGUCGAUUUUGUCUUGGGCCCAGGCUAAGGCAGGACAACUCUGGUCCUGAGCCUGGAAGGAAGCUGGGGGUGAUCACACCCCCAGGCCUGGCUAUGCCCAAGGGGCCGUGCUCAGGGCUCCCUCCUGCAGUGGGAGGUGCCGGGGUCCACCCUCCAUCAGAUCAACAUGCACUUUCUCCUUGUAUCCCGACAUACCUGUACUUUAUUUUACUAUGAUUACUGUAACUACUGAGCGUACGUGAUCAGGAGCCUGGACGGCGUGUGUGUGGGCGCGUGAGGGAGAGGCGAGGGCACGGUGUGCGAGUGGAUGUGUGCAUGAGUGGGCACGGAGCUGAGUUGGUGUGGACGCCGGCGUGCAAGGGAAGGAGUCCAACGCAAUAACCACGUCCCCCCACCCAGGCCACCAGCCCCCACCCAAGGACCCACGCUGCUUCCCGUGGGGACCCAGGGCCGGCGCUCGGAGGGUCUGUCCCUAUUACCUCAGCCACGGUGACAACGUGACAGUAUUAACAAGGUAGCACCGAGCAGAUCAAUAAAUAUUAUUCU